GCGCGGCACAAUUCAUUCAGACGUUGUGCAAAGCGGAUCGUGGGUUCCAUUUGAAGUGUGCUGGAAGAAUAGUCCGGGGCGAAAUAGUGUCAAAGCAAUUGAAAUUUAAGUCAACGUUCCUCCGCGACAGACAGCAGCUAGUCACAAUUUUUUAUCGUGUUACAAGCGGCAAUAGUGUGUGAGCUUUAUCAAUUUGCGACUGUUUCUGCGGAGGCUCGACAUAGACACACACUUCCAGCCGAUCCACACAAAGAAAGCGAGCCGAGAGAUCCGCAACGAGGGUCGCAUCAUGGAUAGUGUAAAGUCAUUUUUCGGCGGCUCCAACAAGGCCAACAAUCUCGGCAAUCAUCAGCAGCAGAAUGGACAUCCGAGUGGUGGUGCCACUCCAAAUCGCUGGGGCCCGAACUGGAACUCCAGCGCCCAGCACACGGAGACCAGUUCCCCGAAUUCCUCGUCCAUUCAAAAUACCAACCAUUGCGAUGCCAAACGCAAGGACAGUGAUAAUUACUUCUAUAUCAUGUGGCGCGCCUGAAGAUAUUCCCACGUAUGCGGAUCUGUACACGAUAUUUUGUCAGCAUAGCCAUAACGUUGGAUAAGUUAAUCAUCAUCUAAAGUGACCUGCAGCUUAAUAAAUCUGUAAAUCUAUUAGAAGCA